AUGAUUGAACCGGCACCACAGCCGGUGAAGACGUCCAGGAGAUCGAAGAAGAGCGCAUCUCGGACCAGCAGCAAUGGUUUGCCCCUGCCAGCACCGGUCACCCACGCAGGAGGGCCAUCCGUAGGAAAAGCGGGGCUCGACGCCCGUGAAAUGGCAUUGUGGAACUGGGUAAAUGUGCAGAAUUUGGACGCCUAUCUUCAGGAAGUAUACGCCUACUAUGUCGGAAAGGGCAUAUACACUAUUGCUCUGACGCGAGGGCUCAAUCUUCUCACGGUUGGAUUUGUUAUUUUUUUCUCGACGUUUCUCCUGGCAUGCAUCGACUACAGCUCCAUCCACAAUCAUACCAGUCUCUCCAAUGUAAUCAUUCCUCAAUGUAUCUCGCGGUUCUCCGGGUGGACGUUCCUUUUCUUUGUGGCGUUUGGUGCGUUCUACGCCUGGCAGUGUGUAUCAUAUGUCUAUGGCAUCGUCCGUCUUGUCCACAUGUAUCGCUUUUAUACCCACGUUCUCGAUGUACCCGAUGCAGAUAUACAAACAAUUUCCUGGCCUGCGAUUGUUGCUCGCAUUUCCAAGAUCCGCGAGUCUAAUGCACUUACCGCUGCGGCCUUAUCAUCAUCCAUGGCUGGGAGCAAGAUGGUGCAAAAGCUCGACGCACAUGAUAUUGCAAACCGCAUCAUGCGCCAAGAGAAUUAUCUCAUCGCGUUAUUCAACAAAGAUCUCCUGAAUCUUUCCCUUCCGUUAUCAAGGCUCCCUCUGCCCUCGUUUCUGAGGAACUAUUCGCGGACCGGGGCCGGAACACUGACACGGGCUUUGGAAUGGAAUCUCCGAUUCUGUGUUAUGGAGUUCUUCUGCGAUCCAUCCGGCCACCCUCGUAAAGUGUUCCUGAAAGAACGAAAUCGGACGGUAUUGAUCGAGGGCCUGAAGCGACGUUUUAUCUUCAUGGGUAUAAUCAAUGCUGUAUUUGCUCCUUUCAUUGUGCUUUACUUGCUGAUGUACUCGUUCUUCCGGUACUUCGAGGAAUACCACAAGAAUCCCUCGUCGAUCGGGGGACGGCAAUACACUCCGCUGGCGCAAUGGAAGUUUCGAGAGUUCAACGAGCUGCCGCAUCUCUUCACGCGGAGGAUGCAUCAGUCGUAUCCAUUCGCAACGGAGUAUAUAUCGCAGUUCCCGUCGUCAAAGGUUGCGGCCAUUAUGCGCUUUGUCUCCUUUGUGGCUGGCGCAUUUGCAGCGGUUCUCCUACUGGCAACUGUGAUCAACCCUGAUGUGUUCCUUGGGUUUGAGAUCACCCCGCAUAGGACCGUCCUGUUCUACCUCGGUUUGUUUGGUAGUGUCUUGGCCGUGUCUAGAGGUAUGGUGCCGGAUGAGCGCACCGUGUUUGACCCGGAACUACUCAUGCGGGACGUUGUCGAGUUCACCCACUAUAUGCCAGCGGAAUGGCAAGAUCAGCUUCACUCGAAGACUAUUCACACCGAGUUCGGAAAACUCUAUGAGAUGAAGAUCACAAUAUUUGUCCAAGAGCUAGUAUCCGUCAUCCUAACGCCAUUCAUCCUGUGGUUCUCGCUCCCAGCCUGUGCGCCUGCCAUCAUCGACUUCUUUCGAGAGUUUACCGUGCACGUCGACGGGCUCGGAUAUGUAUGCAGCUUUGCCGUCUUCGACUUUAAGCGGCACGGCAACGUGAACGUAAGCCCCACUAGCGUUCCCUGCUACCUGCUACUCGCUAACCGCUAA